CAGUUCGUUGUGUCGCUAUCUCUCUGUUGGUAGACACAAUGCUGGAGUAAUUCAGUGGGACAGGCAGUAUUCUCUGAGAAAUCUCACCAGAGAUGCAGCCUGUCCCCCUGAGUUACUCCAGCAUUUUGUGUCCGUUCUCUGUUGAUGUCUGGGCCUGAUGACGUGUAGGUGGUGAGUUCUCAAACUGAAUAACAUGCCGCUGUCAGUGUGUUGCAAGGUGGGUCGUCAUCGCCAGGCGGAGGAACGGCUCCUGGAGAACCUCUUCACUGGCUACAACAAGUUCUCCCGACCGGUGGCCAACUCUUCAGACACCGUCUUUGUCCAUUUCGGACUGUCCAUCGCCCAACUUGUGGAUGUGGAUGAAAAGAACCAGAUGAUGACCACAAAUGUGUGGGUGAAACAGGAAUGGGAUGACUUUAAACUGCGCUGGGAUCCCUCGGAAUAUGAGAAUGUGACUUCCAUCAGGAUCCCAUCAGAGCUGCUCUGGAGGCCUGACAUAGUCCUCUACAACAAUGCGGAUGGGGACUUUGCUGUCACUCACCUGACCAAGGCCCAGCUGUUCCACAGUGGCCGAGUCAAGUGGACACCUCCGGCCAUCUACAAGAGCUCCUGCAACAUUGAUGUCACCUUCUUCCCGUUUGACCAGCAGAACUGCACCAUGAAGUUUGGAUCAUGGACCUUUGACAAAGCCAAGAUAGACCUGGUGAGCAUGGACAGACAGGUGGACCAACAGGACUACUGGGAGAGCGGAGAGUGGGCCAUCAUUACUGCCAUUGGCAACUACAACAUCAAGAAGUACGAGUGCUGCGUGGAAGAGUAUUCAGAUAUCACCUACUCCAUCCUAAUCAGGAGGCUCCCUCUCUUCUACACUAUUAACCUCAUUGUCCCUUGUCUACUCAUCUCCUUCUUGACCAUGCUGGUCUUCUACCUGCCCUCGGACUGUGGGGAGAAGAUCACCCUCUGUAUCUCGGUCCUCCUUUCGCUGACUGUCUUCCAGCUGCUUAUUACGGAGAUCAUCCCUUCCACCUCGCUGGUCAUCCCCCUCAUCGGCGAGUACCUGCUCUUCACCAUGAUCUUCGUCACUCUCUCCAUCAUCAUCACGGUCUUCGUGUUGAACGUACAUCACCGCUCGCCCGACACCCACAUCAUGCCUGCCUGGGUGCGGAGAUCCUUCCUCCAUUUCAUCCCCCGCCUGCUCUUCAUGCAAAGACCUCCAGCCAGCAACAAGGAUUGCCGAGAAUUUCUCGGUCUCGUCACCGGCAGAGCAGGGCUGUCGAGCAACGGUGACCAAAGGAACCUCAGGCUGUCCUUGGUUCAUUCUCAGGGGGAGGAGGAGAGAUGCCAAGCACUGUGCAAGGUGCCACCUGCCCAGUGUAGUGUCCUCUGGGGUGACCAGGCAGCGACUGCUUGGCAUUGCUCACCACCCACUGACCACCCUCCCAGUCUCACCACGGACCAACCAGGUACCCUCUCCAAGGCCAGGUCAAUGAGUUUGCAGCAGCCUACAGGGCAGGAGAGUGUCCCACUGACCAGCGCUUGCUCUUGUUCUUGCACUGACCAGCAGGGCCGCUUGCUUGAGGUUUGCUCGCAGGCCAACGGUUACUCUGUAUCUAUGCCCGCUCCUGGGAGAGGAGAGGCAGGAGACCACACUCAGGCUGCUUCAUCUCCAUUUCGAGGCAAGCUGAGAGUAAGAGCCUCAGGCAGGAUGGGAGAGGUGGCCGGAGGGUGUCCAGGGAAGGCCGGCAGUGUGGCAUUGAGUCCUGGCAUGGAGCAAGCUGUGGAUGGAGUCCGCUACGUUGCUGACCACCUGCGGGCAGAGAAAGCCGAUGCCUCCGUGAAGGAAGAUUGGAAAUAUGUUGCCAUGGUGAUCGACAGGAUCUUCUUGUGGAUCUUCAUCAUCAUUUGCCUGCUGGGAACCCUAGGACUCUUUCUGCCGCCAUGGAUGGCGGGAAUGCUGUGAGCUGGGAUCGACUCACUAAAGCUUCCUGAUUGACAUUCCUCAUCUGCCCAGAGUGAUCUCCAUCUGCCCAAGGAAGCAAGACCCAUGUGGACAAAAGACAUCAGAAUAUCAUGAGGAUACAAUGUUUGAUUUGACUUAGUUUAUUGUCAUCGUCUUCAAUUAAGAGACAACAAAAUUCUCUUUCCCUUACAAAAAAUAAAAUAAAAUAAAAACACAGAACACAGUAGUCCACAACACAAACAUCCCCACAGCGGCCCAAAGUUCCCCACUGUCCAAUCAACCUCCUCACUGAUGUUCCCCUGAUGGCCUCCCGAGCACCUCUUACCCGCCGCUAUGGGCAGCCCGAUGUUCAGGCCCUCACACCGCGAUUAAUGGAACCCCGACGUUGAAGGGAGAGAACAUCCUCAGCGGCCUGGACCUCUGAUUCGGCCACCUUCCACCGGUGUCCGCUCCUCCCAAUGUCCACAAGCUGCACUGGGCAGAGAUUCGCGCUGGCGACCCCCAGCAAAAGGCACGAUGUUAAAGUCAGCGCUGCCCGCAUUGGGAGCUCCGUGAUGUUGGAGCAGCGUCCCAACACUCUGGACCUCCCAGGUAAGGCCUCGCCCGCUUCGCGAU